AUGGCCAAACAGAUCAUGCGCCUCUCUGUCCGAUCACGAUACCGGCUGAUCCUGCUGGGCCUCGUCACUCUCAUUAUCUGGUACUCGCUGCUCCCGGACGAGUACAUAUCCGAGUCCUCCGCACAAUACCCGUGGUCAGUGCCUGACCCAGAUGGGAACGCCGCCGCCGUCGAGAUGUACGAAUGGGAUCCCUUGGCCGCUUGGGAAAAACCCGAUGCUGUCCUCAGAGAGAAGGCAUACAGGCCAGCGCCCAAACCUGCAGCUCCAGUCCCGGACCCGUUCCCCCUGCUGUCUCAGAACCCACCGCCGGCCCCUAGACUCCUUCGAGCUCCGGAGAUCAACCGCCCCCCACGGCGCCACUAUGCCGAGCAGACUCCCCUCUUUGUGGGCUUCACGCGCAACUGGCCGCAGCUGCUGCAAUGUGUCGUGAGCUACAUCGCGGCGGGGUGGCCUCCGGAGGACAUCCAGGUCGUUGAGAACACCGGGGUCAUGUACGCGAACCAAGAGGGCCGGCUGACACUUCAGAACCCGUUUUACUUGAAUCACACUCAGCUGAGAAUGCUGGGUGUGAACAUUAUCAUCACACCAACCCUGCUUACCUUUUCGCAACUCCAAAACUUUUACCUCCGAACCGCCCUCGACCUCGCUUUCCCGUACUACUUCUGGACGCACCAAGACGUGCUCGUCUUCUCGCACGAGAACCUCACCGACGCCCACGGCAACCGGGGCCCAUCCCUCUACACCAACGCCGUCCGCACCCUCCGCCACCUCAUCUCCUCCUCUUCCUCUUCCUCCACAACCGGGAGCAGCAGCAGCAGCAGCAGCGAUGACGACAACGACAAGGACGGCGGGAGAAUCCGCCGCCCGUGGGCAUGGGCCCACCACUUCUUCGCCUACGACCACCUGGCGCUGGUCCACCGCGACGCCGUGCUCGCCGCCGGCGGGUGGGACGCGCACAUACCCUUCUACGCGUCCGACUGCGACGCGUACCUGCGCCUGUGGUGGGCCGGGUACGCGCAGACCGAGGGCGGCGUCGGCGUUCCCGGCGGCCCCGGCGAGGAGGUCGGGCUGGUGCUGGACGUCGGCAGCGUGAUGGAGGACGUCGGGGCGCUGCUGCGGAUUCCUGGGUCCCGAGCGCGGAUGCCUCGUGUUCCGGGCGAGGAGGAGGACGCCAAUGAUGACAACAAUGAUGAUGACGACGACCAAAAAGAAGAAGAAAAUUUAUGGGGUCGGGGUCGGGAUCGGGAUCGGGAUCGGGAUCGGGAUUAUUUCGAGAGCUGGGAGCGGCUGGUCGCGCUGGGCGAGAAGAUGCGGGCGGCCAAGUACGCCGGGGGCAACGCGGGGCGCAACACGUGGCAGGCGAGGCAGAAGGGCGGCCAGGGCGAGCCCUUCUACCGGGACCCGGACGGGUUCGAGGCCGGAGUCGGCAUGCUGAUCGACCUGGGCCGGGCCGUGUUCGCCGAGAAAUGGGGCCACAGGGGUUGUGACGUCGCCCGGAUGGGGGUCACGGGGGAGGACGCCUGGCGGCUGGAGCGGGACUGGGACGAGGAGACGGAGGGGCGCGGCUUUGAGGGGGGUUCAUGGUGA